CCCUCCCACCCCUCCUCCUCGACCGACACCACCGCCGCCGCCGCCCCCUCUACCACCACCGCCCCCUUAGCCGACAUGCGCGCCCGCAACUGGAUCUAUGGCACCGGGGCGUCGAGGACAACGUCGCCUCCCUCCAGACACCUCUGAUGCGCGAGUUUGACGUCGCCUCUGUCCCUUCGCACAAACGUCGACGACGCCUAUGCGUCGAGGUCGACGGCGCCGGUGUGUCGAGGUCGACGUCAUCUUCCUCCCCAGCAACAGAUCCAAUGACGAACACCAAUCCUUGUCCACUGUGACGCGCGGCAACGGCAAGCGCAAGAGGAAGCGGUGCCGUCCAAGGGACCACCAAGGCAUCGCGCUCCUCCUCUUCGCGAUCCUUCACGCCGGCGAGCAUGGGAGGGCUCCUGACCGCAGCUACCUCCCCGCUGACGGCGAGCGCGGUGCCUGCUCCCCACUAUGGUACAACGCGCUGCUUAUAUCCGCGCCGGUGGAAACCCGAUGCAGGGAUUCUCCAUACCAAGCAUUAUUUUUUCAGCUGAUUGAUGGAAUCAUGGAAGGAACAUACAGUGCAGUACGAAACGAGGGAUGGUCUGAUGAUGUUGAGAUGAGUAUGGUGCUCAUACUGGAUCAUUUUUUAUUCAGAAUAUCUGAUGUUAAAAUGGUGGGGGUGUUAAAUGUAGCCCUCGACAAAAGCUGGGAGAUUAUACGACCAUAGUUAGCUCCACUGUAGAAGUGACAUAACCAACUUUAAGUAGGUGUAUAUUUGUUACUCUUGAAUAGUACAUAAGCUUUUGAACCUAGGAAGUCAUUGCCUCAGAGUUAUACGUACUUAGAUUAAUGGUUGCUAUGCUAACAUGAUACAGUGAGUAAUAACUUUGUUUCAAAUCUUAUAGCUUACUAAUACCAUACUGGUAAAUGCUUACUAGACAACUAGAUGUGCUUAAUUUGUGUGUGAAGGUCUGAAACUGCUAACAUUUUUUGGUUUCUUAUUAAAUUGAACAUUUUCUAUCUGAAGCACCGAUACGUCAAGAACGACCGUGUCGCCGUUCCAAACGGCACUGAUACUCUGAUACGGCUCCAAUACUUGUAUCUUAGAAGUAUAUUUUUAUUUAAAAAAGAAAGGAAAAAAUGCUGAUACAGCCGGGAACACGCUCGUGACGCCGCGGGACACGGUGAGCGAGAGAGACUAAUCCUAACCUUCCUCUCUCAUACUCUGUUUACCGCAGCAGGGAUGAGGGAUUGAGGGCGACUCGGGAGCACCGCCACCUAGAAUCGCCUCUCCGCUCUGUCUACUCGCCACGCCGCUGCCUUGACUGGCCCGACUCGAGUCUUCUCUGCCACUGUCGUAAGAGCGAGGUAAAUGAAUACCUGGAGCCCCGAGUGAGGCGUGCUUGCUGUGUGCUUGGCUGCUUGCUUGCUUCCAUAGUACAUAGUUGAGGAGUAUUAUACUGUGUUUGAUACCUUCCAUCACUAAGAGAAAUAGUUGCACAAAGGAGGCUGUUACUUAUAUUUACGCAUCUAUUGUUCUCCAAUCUCACAUGUUCCUACUUGUUUAUGUUGGUGGGAUGAAAUUGCAUGAUGAUGACAGAUUUUGCUGCUUUGCUAUUGCUGUCUACUGCUAGGGAGGUAAUAGCUUCUAAAACGUUGGGAGAAGAGCAAUAAACCCCCCCCCCCCCCCCCCCCCCCCCCCCCACUCAUGCAAUCGAAGGUAAUGCACAACUAUGCACUAUUUGAUGAGAAAUUCUCUUGUUGAUGUGUAUGUCUUCCUUAUAAAAGUAGGAUCGGUGCACGUGAUUGAGUCUUUGAGUAUUGUAAUCAACGUAAUGCAGAUAAUGUUUUGUGAUACUUUUUCUUGUCAAUUGUCUCUCACUGUCCAGGUUGGAAAUGUUCGCGAAGACUGGCCAAAGAUAUCUUCCCAUAACCAUAUGCUCUGAGCUCACGUAGAAGACCUUACAACUUGGACGUAUUGAAAUUGUAGAUGCUAAGCUAUGAUGCAAGCCAUCAUGUGUAAUCAGUGAAUCAAACACAUUACCAUGUACUUUGAUCAUCAGAUUUUAUAAUAUAGAUGUGCACAUUCCUUUCGCUUUA